CAAUCGCCUAAAAGGGACGAGACCAGUCGUCCAAUUGCUGACAAGAAAAUCAAAGGGUAGGAAUGGGAAUGAAUCCAAUCAGCGUCGACGUUGUUUCAGAAGCAUGAAUGGGCGAUAGAGCUGCCGCCAAAGGCUUUCGUUAGUGCUCGGUAGAACUCGGAGAUUCUCGACGCCAGCACGUUUUUGGUGUGACUCGUGACGGUCGUGACGCAGACGUAAUAGACAGGGACGCCAGUGAGCCUAGAACCAGCAGCAGCAUGGAUACCGGAUCUCAGCAGCCACUGAAUUCAGUUCGGUCUCUUCUCCAGCAUCCGUUCGAGAGGAGAACUAUGGUGGAAAUACUUAAUGUCAAAGAGCUUGGACCAGAUCAGCCCGACGUAAAGAUAAGCCAGCAGGAGGAGGAGAGAGGUAAACUAUACACACGACGCUUCUGGGAAGGCUUGGCUAGCUGGAUGAAAUCACGCUAAUGCGUUAUUUUGCUUUCCAAACGACUGUGACAGAUGAGGCAUGGAUGAGUCAGGAGUUACGGACAUGAAACAUUUUUCUGAGAAGGUGAAGAAACACGAGUUAUCCCGGGCGCACAUGGACAACACGGUGAAGCUAGCUAUGCUAGGCAGAGCUAACAUAGCCAUGCAGCUCGAGACGAGGGACGCCAGCUUGCAGUGAAGAAACACAAUGAAGAAGUGGAUCAGAACCGGCACAUUUUGUCCAAGAGAGAGAUGUCAACACAGUGUAUGAGCACAAGGAUGACCUCCUCAGAUGUUUCCAGAUGAUCAGAGACUCGGAUGACUUUGAUCCAGUCACUGAGAGAGAGGCAGGAGGCUUUGUGAGAAUGCUGGAGGAAGAAGAUUUCGGCUUUCUGCUGGCAUUGUGUCACAAGAUCAUGCCACAUGUGGACAUGCUGUUCAACCAGCUGCAGAAGAGGAACAUUGACUCUGUCUCCAUCACAGGGGUCAUCCAGAGCUUCACCAACAGCAUGCAAAAGAUCAGUCAUCUCGAGUCGGAGCGCAGUGCGCUGAAGAGGAGAGAGUGGGAGAGGAGGAACCAAGAGGUGCAGCAAGAUGAAGACCUGUUCUCAACUGGAUUCAACCUGUUUGGAGAACCCUACAAAACUAAUAAAGGUGAUGCUUUGGCCAGUCGUGUCCAGAACACGCUGGGUUCCUACGAGGAAAUGAAAGACCUGCUAACCAGCCACUCCAACCAGAGCCACUUGGUGGGGAUCCCCAAAGGCAGCGCUGCAGCCAACAACCAGCAGCAAACACCGAGCUCCUGUGCAACAGGCAGGUCCAACGUGGAGUCCCAGCUUUUCAACGAGGCUCUGAGAGGAGGCGUGGGUGGUGGAGGGGGAGCCGAGGGAGCCGGGGACAAGAGGACAGCAAGUGCAUCGUCUUCAUCCUCAGCUUCCAUGCAGCCUCCUGCUGUCACCGCGUCGACGGCGAACACGACGAUCCCACACCAGAAUUUGAAAAAGACCAGAAGCUCCAUGGACUGGUCCAGGGGGAGCCACGGACAGAGCACCCAGGCGACGGGCCUCAUCCUUGGGUCGGGGCAGAACGGUCAGGGGCAGGUCACAGCAGGCGCCACAGGAAGUAGAGGCAAGAUAUCUUUAUUAGAGGAACAGCAACAGCUGCAAAGGCAUGAGGAGCUGUUUAGCUCUCUGAAAGAUGAACUGGGCCUGAAAGACGAUUCAAGCCCUUCUUCCUCGUCUUCAUCCUCUUCUUCCUCCUCUCAAAGGCACUCGUGCCUCUCAUCCAAACCCCUUUCAGAUGGUGGAAACGUUCGACCCUCCACCCUAGACGGCGUCCACUUUAAGUCUUCCACUGGCGCCGAAAACGGUGGGCCCUUCAAAUCGUCCCCAUUUGAAAAUGAAACCAGUUGUCACCUUUCCUCAGCUUCCUCCCCGCUCGCUUCCACAUCAGUUCUUGCAGCUCCCACUUCCGGUUUAACCACACCCACUUCUGGACUGACCACACCUACCUUCCCACCUGGUAACUUGUCGGGGAAGCCAGUCCCGGUGCAGCAGAAACCCACGGCGUAUGUUCGACCAAUGGACGGCCAGGACCAGGUACCCAGCGACUCCCCCCAGCUUAAACCCCCCCUAGUGGCCACAGAGGGGUUUAACAGCAGCCAAUCCUUUGGAGGAACUUCUGGAAACGGGAAAAAUAAACUGCCGAAGCUGAGUCUCAACCACACAGGGGAGGUAAGAGGACUGCCCACCAUCAAAAUGCUAUGAUAUUUACAAUAUAGUCAAUACUGAGUAGUCAUUAAGGUCACCCUAACACAAUGCUUCAUGAAAGGAAGUGUUUUGUGAAGCUUCUAAACUGACACUAGGUUUUCCUCCUCUCCCGCCUACUAGUUGAAAGCGGAAUUACAUUUGUUGUAAACAACCCUGCUGUAGCUAGCCUAGCGCUAAUAACAAGCUAACUAACACCAACCAACGGAGACUAAACAAGCCAUGAAGUGAAAGAGCCACUCUGUAAGUAGAGUAGCAACAAAGCCAGGUCACCAUCACUCUGGGACGUCAUAGCCUACUUUAGCUCCCUCGUAUAAGCCAUGAAGAUUUUCACUCAGGUUUUGC